UGGUUUGGAACAUAUUGAUUCGUUUACCUAAACAUCAUGCUAGCGAACGCCGAGCGGAGGGUCUCGUAAUCGAUCCAUGCAUCGUCAUUAGCCAGACGGCGCGGAUCCUCAUUUUAAAUAUAUGUAUGCACGCACAGCUGAUAAAAAGCACAUCUCACCACCCUCAGCACCGCACUUCUCCCCUCCUCCCACACACUUACAUCAUACACCAUACCUUCUUAAUCCUAAUACCACCUACCUCUUAAGCCUAGCUACCCGAAAACCUUCCUACUUUAAUUCUUAAUCACCACCACCACCACCACCAACUCACCUAACCCACCAACCCAAAAUGCCAUCCCUAACCACCCUCCUAACCCCCCUAACCGCUCUUCUCGCCCUCGCCAAGGCCCUCCCCACCAAGCCAGCCUCAAUAGCAGUAAGAAACACAACCUGCACGGGAACCGGCAGCACAACCCGCGUCUACGCCAGCGAGCUCUACACACUCUUCCCCACGGACCCGGAUCUCUCCAGCCCCGCGGUCCAAGACUUCCACGUGCAAUACAACAACCAAACAAACCUCACGAUCUCACAAGCAGCGCAUUUCAGCGGGUUACCAAGCGGUGCAACGGGGUGCGCGUUCGGGUGGUCGCAAGACGACGCUUCAGUCGGGGUUCUUGUGGCCGGCGGCGACGGCCUGCUCGCCGGGCGGCAACUGUCGGGGUUCCCCGACACCACGGAGGGAGUAUCGGCCGCGGCCGUAGCGCCGUUCGACACCGCGGGUGCGGACGGGGAGUUCCACACGGAGUUCACGGGGUGGGACCGCGAGGUCAAGGGGACGUAUCACAGUUCCGGGCCGGGCAAGAUUACGUGCGCGGAGGAUGUGUUUGUGAUUAUCGAGAAGCCGAGGACGACGAAUGGGAAUGUGUUCUUGAAGAGGACGGCGGGCGCGGGGUUGUUUAUUGAUUAUAUAUGCUAGAUACGCUUGGGGAGGGUUUAGCGGAUUAAGGGGUAUGUGUGCGAUUUUUAAUGAAGAAUGGAUGGGUAGAUAAUGGUUGAUGUGUGUCGCAUUACGAUUCUGGCGGCGUAUAUUGGGUUUAUUGGUUAUAUGAAAAGUAUUGGAUUCGCAUGUCUAUAUUAGUUAGGUACCUUCUACAUAAUGAGUUAAUAUUUCACUUCCCACUUCGGCAAGUCAAUAAUAUCAUGAAUU